CAAUAACAACCGUUGCGGCCAUAUUGAAAUUCAAGUUUCUGUCGCCGACCGAACAACUCAUUGUGCUCCACGCUGGACAUGCUUUUAUCUUCGCUUUCUUGAUAACUUGUAAACCUGCCUGUUCACACAGUCAACGGGAGUUAUUGUUGUUGUUUUCUUCGAAAUGGCUGUGACUCUGCACACAGAUAUUGGGGAUCUAAAGAUUGAACUGUUUUGCGAGCGUGCAUCAAAGGCCAGCGAGAAUUUCCUGGCGUUGUGUGCCAGUGACUAUUACAAUGGAUGCGUAUUCCAUCGGAAUAUCAAAGGCUUCAUGGUCCAGACCGGAGACCCCACAGGAACUGGAAAGGGUGGAUCAAGCAUAUGGGGCCGCAAAUUCGAAGAUGAGUUUAGCGAACAUCUGAAGCAUAAUGUUCGUGGUGUGGUGGCGAUGGCAAACAGCGGUCCCAACUCAAAUGCAUCUCAGUUCUACUUCAUUUAUGGAAAGCAACCCCACCUGGACAUGAAGUACACAGUCUUUGGGAAGAUUAUAGAUGGUUUAGAAACCCUUGAUGAGUUGGAGAAGGUGCCUGUUAACGAGAAGACUUUUCGACCCUUGACAGAGGUCCAUAUAAAAGACGUGACCAUCCAUGCAAACCCCUUUGCUGCUUAACUUUUACGUUGUUUUUAAAAAUGUUUUUUUAAAUUGAUAUUGUUUUGUAAGACUUAUUUGUUACUAUGUAAUAAAAUUGCAAGGUGUACAUGCACACAAGUUCAAA